CCCCGCAGCCCUGGAGGCGCCACAUCGUCCUGCAGCUGCGGGACCGGGACCAGAACCAGAGGACCGGCUUCCAGGACCUGAUCCGGAUCUACUCGCGGCUGCUGGAGAAAACCAGUCUGACUAAAGGAAUUCUGGGCCGCGCCGGCAGGUACGUGACCUCUGACCUUCAGGUGUUUCCAGGUGUUUCCAGGUUUUCCAGGUGUUCCAGGUGUUUCCAGGUGUUCCAGGCAGGCCAGCUGACAGUCCUGCUGGGGCCCCGGACUAAAUAAUCUAAGAUGGCCCCCCUGCGCCCGGAUCUCUCCUUCUCCUCUUCCUCUCCUCUCCCUCUGCUCUUCAGGUUUUUAUACAAGCUAAUGGACGUUAACAUUAGAGCUAGCCACUUAGGUUAAGUUACAAGGUUGGUAAACGUUGUAACUGUUUCUUACCUUGCUCUACACUGACUUUAUUAAUUCCAGCUUCACCGUCACCACCUUUUUAAAAUAUUGGGGUAGAGAAUCUCUGAGGCCUCUAUUUUCUUCUUCUCUUCUUCUUCUCUUCUCUUCUUUUCUGAGCACCGGACUUGUGCUGACCGGACAUGUUGACCAUUCUAAUGGUUGAAUUAAAUGAUAACAUCACAUUUUGAUCAGUGGCUAAACCAUUUUUGUGUUGGGGGUUCUUGACCACAAGGACAAUUAGGAAGAAAACAAAUAACAAGCUUUUAUGUAACUCAAAUACUACAUAUUUUUUCCACAAAUAGGCAUAUUUUGAAACAUUUUUAAAAAUGAUUCCAUAAUUUAAUGAGAAUUACAUUUUUUUUUUUCAGUUCUUCCCCCCCCCUACCCUGGGCCCGGGACAACAGACUCGUUUGUCCCCCCCUAUCGGCGGCCGUGGUUCCAGGUGGUUCCAGGUGUUUCCAGGUUUUUCCAGGUUUUUCUAGGUUUUUCCAGGUUUUCCAGGUGUUUCCAGGUUUUCCAGGUGUUCCAGGUUUUUCUAGGUUUUCCAGGUGUUUCCAGGUUUUCCAGGUUUUUCCAGGUGUUUCCAGGUUUUUCCAGGUGUUCCACGUGUUUCCAGGUUCUCCAGGUUUUUCCAAGUGUUUCCAGGUUUUUCCAGGUGUUCCACGUGUUUCCAGGUGUUUCCAGGUGUUUCCAGGUGUUUCCAGGUUUUUCCAAGUGUUUCCAGGUUUUUCCAGGUGUUCCACGUGUUUCCAGGUGUUUCCAGGUUUUUCCAGGUGUUCCAGGUUUUUCUAGGUUUUCCAGGUGUUUCCAGAUGUUUCCAGGUUUUUCAGGUGUUUCCAGGUUUUUCAGGUGUUCCAGGUGUUUCCAGGUUUUUACAGUUGUUUCCAGGUUUUUCCAGGUGUUUCCAGGUUUUUCCAGGUUUUCCAGGUGUUUCCAGGUUUUUCCAGGUGUUUCCAGGUUUUUCCAGGUGUUUCCAGGUUUUUCCAGGUGUUUCCAGGUUUUUACAGUUGUUUCCAGGUUUUUCCAGGUGUUUCCAGGUUUUUCCAGGUUUUCCAGGUGUUUCCAGGUUUUUCCAGGUGUUUCCAGGUUUUUCCAGGUUUUCCAGGUGUUUCCAGGUUUUCCAGGUCUGUUCUCCGUCCCCAGGUGUCCCUCCGGCCCCCAGUCCUCCCUGCAGGACCAGAACCUCCAGCUGAGGAAAACCACCGGAGAGCUGGCCUAUCAGGUGCUGGAGCUGCAGCAGCAGAUCAAGAUCAAGGAAGCUGCUGUACAGGACCAGCAGGACAGGCUGGUGCAGGAGGAGGUCCGGCGGGCCGGUGCGUUAGCGGCGCGCCAGGCACUGCAGGAGCGGGUGGACCAGGUCCAGGGCAGGAACCGGGUCCUGAAGGCGGACUACGACGCCCUGCUGGACCUGCAGACGGGGGCCGAGGCCCGGCUCCGGGAGGAGAAGCUGAGAGGGGGGGGGCUGGUGGAGGACAUGGUGCACCUGAAGAAGGAGGCGGCCGCCCGCAUGAACACCCGCAACGAGCGCCGGUCCAGGUUCCGGGAGGCGACCCUGCAGAAGGAGCUCCGCAGAGCCGCCCGGUCCAGCCCCGCCCGGUCCAGCCCCGCCCGGUCCAGCGCCCCCAUCAGCCCGUCCAGCGCCCCCAGCUCCAGGUCCUCGUCCCCCAAGAACCAGGACGAGGAGUUGGCCGGGCGAGGACACACCCGUCUGUUCAGGUCGUCGUCGGCGACGUCUCCGCGUCUCUUCACCUCCAUCAGAGGAUUGUUCGGGAGGAGGCGAGGCCACUCCGUCUGCAGUCUGGAGGAAACUCUCUCCUUCCCCGUCGGGGUUUGUGUGUCGGCCCGAGUCCCGGCCAGAGCCCUGCAGGUCCUGGAAGCCCACCAGCAAGGCAUCAACGCGGUCCGGUUCAGCUGCAGCUCUGACCUGCUGGCGACGGGAGGAACCGACCGGGUCAUCAAGGUCUGGGAGCUGAGAGCAGGUCAGCUGACCCACAGAGCGACGCUGGACGGCAGCAGAGAGGGAGUUUCCUGUGUGGAGUUUGACCCCCCGGGCCAGAGAAUCCUCGCCGGUUCCUUUGAUAAGUCUGCGUUGCUGUGGCGACUGGGAGACUCCACCCCCAAGGUGACCCUGACGGGUCACAGCAGGAAGGUGACGGCCGCUCGCUUCACAGGCUCCGCCCACCAGGUGGUGACAGGAAGUGCAGAUCGAACCGUCCGUCUGUGGGACCUGCAGCGUAACGCCUGUGUCCAGCAGCUGCUCGUCUCCUCCUACGUCAGUGACCUCGUCUGCUCCGACUCCGUCUUCAUCAGCGGACACUUUGACUGCAGGAUCCGGGUCUGGGACUCCAGGUUGUCCGGCUGCGUCCAGGAGCUCCCUGCUCCCGGUAAAGUCACCUCCCUGGACUUGAGCUCCGACCACCGCCGGCUGCUCAGCUGUUGCCGUGACGACAGCCUCCAGCUGGUGGACCUGAGGGGACGGAGCCAAGACCGCGUCUGCUUCAGAGCCGACGGGUUCAAGUGCGGCAGCGACAGCAACAAGGCCGUCAUCAGCCCUGACGGCUGCUACCUGGCAGCUGGAUCCGCCGACGCCUCCGUUUACAUCUGGAACGUUUCCAACGGCAACCUGGAGACCCGGCUCCCCGACGGACACAGCUCGCCGGUCGUUGCCGUGUCCUGGUCUCUGUCCGGGGAAAACGUGGUCAGCGUGGACAAGAGCCGGUGGGCCGUCCUGUGGAGUGACCUUUGACCCCGGGGCCCGUCGCCACGGCGACCGCCUCCAGCCGACCUCAGGACUGUUUCAUGAUGCAUUAACGUCACUAACAAGGGAAAACUUUGGCUUUUUAACCAACUUUUUAACCAGAAAACUUGAAGAACCGAACGAGUUUGGUUUUAUACUUGAAACAAACAUAUAUGUUUUUAAAAAGGGAUUUGAGGAGACGUUUGUUUCACUUGGAGACCCGGGAACUUUACACAACUAUCCAGAGGUGGUGGGGGCGGGGCUUGUGGAGCUGGACGGCCACGAUUGGUUGAAAACCAAACUAACCUUAGUUUAACAAACUAACGUUUACGCGUUAAACUAACGUUAGUUUAACAAACUAACAUUUACACGUAAAACUAAUGUUAGUUUAACGCGUAAAUAUUAGUUUGUUAAACUAAGGUUAGUUUGUUAAACAAACUAAUGUUUACAAGUGUCGUUGGUUCAAAUCUCCCAAAAGGGGUUGGAGAA